UGUUCUAUACAUAAUUGCUUUGUUUUAACCUCUUUCCUUCAAUCUUUUGUAUUUCUAAGUGACAAUUUUCAUCUGUUAAUCUCGAGUGUUAAGAUAAUUUGUGACAGUUAUCUAAACAAAUAUUGCCGUCAGUCGGAAAUGUAACUGAAUUACGGAAUUGUACAGUUUGUAUACAUACAACUGCAUCUGCAUGUCAAACUGCUGGAUGCAUUUUGUGCGUGGUACUUGGCACUUCCACUUCGUACACAUUUGUGUAGUCUAUUGUAGAAUGAUUAUUACGGGUGUACAAUAUGUCUAAUUUAAAGUGUUCGAGACUGAUAAUUUUAUUAAAUGACAGAAACGUAGUAACGUGAAAAUAUAGACAGUGAUAACAGGAUUUGGCAAAAGAACGUUUGGUGCAUUGAAUGAAUGUCCAUUUCCAUGUAAUUAUACAUACCUGUGAUUCAUAAUGAGGAUAUAACCCAUUCAUCAACUAGUUACAUUCAUCGAAGAAAGAAAGAAAUACUUUUAUAUUUAAAUAAAGCUCCUAUCAAUGGUAAACUUAAUGACUAUAGAGAUAAUUUGAUUGUCAAGGUUCCAUAGUUGAUAUAUAUUCUGUCCUAUAAUACCAUGAACUGAUUCAUACAUCAAUUCUUAUUAUCAAUUCAUAGUACUUUUAUGUACUUUCAAUGGCAGUGGAUAACUGGUUGAUUUGUAUGCAGAAAGCAUAGGUAUAUUUGUAUGCAAAGCAAUGUUAUUGAUUGUUCGCAGUGAAGCGUUUCAUUAAACAAGACCAUUUGAUACAAAUUAAAACUCCAAAUGGCGAAUAAAAUCAGAAUUUUUGGCUUGUUGCUAUAUAAAAACCUGAAAGUGAGAAUCAGGCAUUGGAAAUCAGCAAUAUUUUUACAAUGUUUGGUACCGAUUGCCUUGUUUGUAUUAAUACAAGCUGUAAGGGAUUUUAGUGUACAUCCACCUCGUGUAAUUAAUGAAAGUACCUACUAUCCUAUAGAAACAAAAGAUGAAUUAACAGACAUAAGCACAUAUAUGACAGAAAUCUAUUAUGUGCCACAAAAUGAAUAUACAGAAAGAAUUGUCGAGGAUAUUCGAAUGUGUUUGAUGUUAGAUCAUAAAAAGAUAUCAGGGUUUCCAUCUGAAGAAGAAAUGAUAAAAAAGUACACAAUUGCAGAAGCGGAAUCUGAAAAUAUUAAGGUGUUAGGUCUCGUGUUUGAACAAUAUAAUACAAGCGAUAUAAGAUAUAAAAUCAGGCAUGCCAUAGAUAUACCAAGUAUAUUAUUUGAACAUGUAUUGUCUCAAUCAUCGUACAGUACACACACUUUAUAUAUGAUUGCUGCAGAAUUUGUACAAUUACAAGUAUGUGCUGACGAAUCGCUUAUUCAGCAUACAGCUCCUGAUAUAAAGCCUGAUAUAAAGAUAUCUGCACAAAGAAUGCCGUAUCCACCUUAUAUUAAAAUAGAUGAAGCUGAUGUAAUACUAAGACUGGUGAUAUGUAUGUUUGCAGUUAUAGCUUUUCUUACUCCACUUUGUGUAGAAACAAGUUACGCAACAAAAGAAAAACAUAUUGGAGUGAAUGUUUUAAUGGCAAUGAAUGGAGUAAAACAAUAUCAAAAUCUACUUAGCUGGUUAAUUACGAGCAUAUUGUUUAGUAUUUUUUAUAUUAUACCAAUAAUUGUAUUGUUUAAGAAUACAUUCUCCAAAAAUGUUGUAUCAUACUUGUAUUACAGUAAUACUUUUAUAUUUUGGUUCAUACUUACAAUGCACGUGGCUCAUCUAAUAUCAUUUGGUAUGCAUAUUGCAGCAUAUUUUUCUAAACCACGUUUUGUAACAAUAACAUUAGCAGUUAUUUACACUGGAUCUUUUUCACUCCAUGGGAGUUUAAUAAAUCAACAAGUAUUUUCUAUAACACCAACCUUGGGUAUACUGUUUCCUAAUAUAUUAUUAUACAGAUUUCUGGAAGAGGUGAAUUCAUAUGAAACUCAGUUGACUGGAAUUCAAUGGUCAAAUAUGUUCUUGGUUGGAAAUGCACAAUAUAAUUCUACUGGAAGUGUUGGAGUUAUAUUAAUUUAUUCAUUACUAGGGUUGUUGUUACAUUUCACACUUGCAAUAUAUAUUAAUGCUGUACUGCCAGGGAAGUAUGGAGUACGCAAGGAACCAUUUUAUUUUUUGAAGUAUAUAAAAAAGAACAAAGUGAACCUUCAUGAAGAUAUUGAUAAUUUUGAUUACGAAAAUAUAGAUAAUGAAAAUUUUGAACCAGUAACAAAGGGUGUGCUUACUCCUGGAAUUCAGAUUCGCAAUCUUAAAAAAACUUAUAGGACUGGUUGCCUAAGAAAGACGACAGUCCAAGCUCUAAAAGGAAUUUCAAUAGAUUUGUAUAAAGGACAAAUAACGGCUUUGUUAGGCCACAAUGGAGCAGGAAAGACUACACUCAUGUCUAUUAUAACAGGUGUAAUAAGUGCAACAGAAGGGAAAGUGUUUAUAAAUGGUAAAGAUAUUACAACCCAUUUAGAAACCAUUAGAAACGAUUUGGGUUUAUGCCCUCAGGAAAAUUUAAUGUUUCCAGAUUUGAAUGUGUACGAACAGUUAGAAUUCUUUGCUUUAUUGAAAGGUUUUAACAAACCGAGGAAACAGAUCAAACAAGAUAUUGCAGUUUUACUUGACAAAUUAAAAUUAAAUGAAAAAAGAAAUGCUCUACCAAAUACAUUAUCUGGUGGCCAAAAGAGAAGACUGUGCCUUGGAAUGGCCCUUGUUGGCGAUGCUAGUACUGUAAUCAUGGAUGAACCAACAUCAGGAAUGGAUCCCGAAACUAGGAGAGAUAUAUGGAACAUUAUAUUAAAAGUAAGAGGAAAGAAAACAAUCUUGAUCAGUACUCACAAUAUGGAGGAGGCCGACAUUCUGGGAGAUAGAAUUGCGAUUGUACAUGGAGGCAAAUUAAAAUGUUAUGGCACAUCACUAUUUCUAAAGAAGCAAUAUGGCUAUGGCCACAUGGAAGUUAUAUUAUCAACUAAAUCAUGGUGUAAUGCCGAUACAGUUAUAAGAAAAUUUGAUCCAAGAACGCAGCAAGUGAAUGUGGAUAGUGAGAAGAUUGUUUUAAGCGUACCAUCCACUGAAACUUUACCAGAAUCUUUGGAUAACGUGGAAAGUCAGAAAAAGAAUUUAGGUGUUACAGGAAUCAGUGUAUCGCUAAUUACUUUAGAAGAAGUAUUUCUGAAAGUCAUUAAAAAGGAAGAUAAUGGAAAAUAUUUAAAUGAAUCAUUUAGUCCGCCAUCACAACGGGUAGAUGGUUGGAAUUUAUGUGUGCAGACAAUUUUGGCACUUUACCAUAAAAAAUAUACGUAUACUGUAAAAAAUUUAAGUAACACUUUAUUCAUUUUGUUUCUCCCACUUAUAUCUGUUGUAUUAAUGGGUCUAAGUAAUAGUCCACCACGUGAAUCAACAAAUGAAUUUCCAGUAGGACUUAACAUGUAUAGAAGCCCCAAAGUGUUAUAUUCAAGUCCAAAUACUUCUAUGGGCAGGUAUUACAAGAGUGCAGUCGAAAGUUUUGGUGGUACUGCAAUAGAAGUAGCAGAGAAUCUAAGUGUUACGCAUGCUUUAUUGGACCAGUCCAUUAAAAGUAUUUCGGAAUAUCGUAAUAGAUACAUUGUUUCUGCGGAAUUCAAUACUUCGGAUGGUGCAUUGUAUGCUAAUGGUUUUUAUUCUGGUAUUGCGCUUCAUAGCUUACCGAUAACAGUGAAUCUUUUAUCAAAUGCAUUCAUCAAAAGUGUUGCUGGUGAAGAAUACUCCAUCCAUGUAUCGAACCAAAAAUUUCCAAGUAGCCUUUCUGCGACAAAAUUAGACAUGCCAGAAACACAAUCAUUAAGUCAAGUCUUGAUGUUUUGUUGCUUUUUCUUUCCCACUGUGGCCCUUUUUGUUAUCCACCCUUUUCAAGAAACAGAGACCAAAAUGAAACAGUUGCAAAGAAUGACAGGUGUUUCAUCUAUAUCGUAUUGGCUCACUAUAUUCACAUUUGAUUUACUAGUUUACAUAGUAUCUGUACUUAUUAUCAUGUUUGGAUAUUACAUUAUUGAUAUUAUUCUGGAUACUCGAGUGUACUACAAGAUAGAGAUGUUAACGAUAUUGUUGAUACUACUUCUCUUUGGCAUCAACUCUUUAUUUGUAAGUUACAUCUUUAGCUUUUUAAAUUUAUCAAGACAUAGCGUUGUGAGUAUGUUGAGUCUUGUGCCCAUCGGGUUUGUCUUUUUGCAAUACCUUUUGCACCAAGUGAUUCACAGUUUCACUAAUUUAAGAGUUUUACACAUGAUUCAAAAAAGAUUAUUCCGUUUGGUACCGCAUGUGAGUCUAUUUCAUGGUCAAUUAUCAUUUUACAAUGUCGCUGUACAAAAUGCAAGAUGUCGACGACUGCCAAAUCGUUUGUUGACGGUCGUAUGUCCUAGGCUAGAGGAUAUUUGUUGCGGAUUGGAAUGCGAUGAUGGUGAUUGUAAAAAUCAGCUUUCCUAUUUUCACACCGAAGACACCGAUAUGAACUUAACCGAAUGUAUAAUAUAUCUAUCAGUAACACCUUUGAUAUAUUUUUCCCUGCUUAUUAUGUUGGAAGAGGGAGUGUUCAAAAAAUUUUAUAUCAAGAUGUUUGGUAAACAUUUAAGGAACGCAGUUGAUAUAAAAGACGAUGAAGUGGAGAAAGAGAAACGCGCCGUUGCAUUGGAGAUAAGGAAAUUGAAAAUGCACGAUCUAACCAACAGAAUAGAAAAUGAUACCAAGGCAGUGCCUAAUGCCGAUUCUAACUGUUUGGAAAGUCUAGAGAACAACAAUGAUAGCCUCUUUUUAGUGUACGAGCUGAGCAAAUAUUACGGAAACUUAAUGGCGGUGAGAGAAAUAAAUUUCCGUGUGAAACAGCGAGAAUGCUUUGGAUUGCUCGGUGUAAACGGCGCUGGAAAGAGUACCACAUUUAGAAUGUUGACUGGUGAAGAAAUGCCAAACAGCGGCACCAUGUAUUUAGGAAAGUCCGAUAUUCUCACGGAUCGAAGAAAUUAUUUGGCUCAAAUGGGAUAUUGUCCACAAACCGACGCCAUGCUUGGAUCGUUGAACUCUUUUGAUCAUCUUCGACUGUUUGCCUUACUUCGUGGAAUACCCAAAUCAAAAGUUGAUCUAGAAGUGAAUAAAUGGAUCAAUCGACUAAGUAAACUUCAUUUAGUUGUUUCGAAGAAUCGUUGGAUGAACUUCUCUAAUAUUUGCAUUAUUUCAGAUCUAAACGCGUGCAUGUCACAGCCAAGCAGUACUUACAGUGGUGGUAACAAAAGGCGCUUGAAUAUCGCAAUGGCAUUAAUAGGAAAUCCAACCCUUGUUCUACUGGAUGAACCAACGACUGGCGUUGAUCCUGCUGCCAGGAGGUCUUUGUGGAAUAUACUUCAGUCCUGUCAGGCAUUGGGACAAGCUAUUAUACUUACUUCGCACAGCAUGGAGGAAUGUGAAGCUUUGUGCAACAGACUAGUCAUUAUGGUGAAAGGUCAAUUGGUUUGCAUCGGAGCUAGCCAGGAAUUGAAGCAACGUUUCGGUGCCGGCUAUGAUAUUCACAUCAAAUUAAACCCAAGCCGAUCGGACAGUGAUCUUAGUAUUAUUAAGAACGUUAUGGAGUCUUCUUUAACGUGCGAAAUCAGGGAUGAGAAUUUGGGCCUUCUCGCGUACCAUGUGAACGAUGCUGCGACAACGUGGGAGAAAAUGUACAGAACAAUGGAUGAGUUGAAAAUACGAGUCAAUUGCAUCGAGGAUUACGCCGUCUUAUCGGCUACAUUAGAGCAGCUAUUUAUUCAAUUCGCCAGAGGAACUGAGCAGUCAAACAGGGACCUUACAAAUGGCGAUGUGUAAUAAACAGGCGUUCAAAUAACGUAACAAUAGUUCUAUCUCGAGAUAUUAUUAUCAACUUAAAAUUUGCAGCUUAAAUUCAAUUUUUAGGUGUUUAAAUACCGUAACAAUCAGCCUAUUUCGAAAUAUUAUAAUAUAUAUUAUAAUAUUACGAUCCUUUCAAAAUGUCUUUCUUGUCUGUAUUAAUAUACACACAUUUCAUUGGGCACUAUGUUUAAUAGUAUUAUAUAUGAGAUUAUAAUGCAAAAGAUGUGUACACGCGCGUAUUUAAAAAAAUAUAUAUAUUCAUUACUAACUAAUAAUAAUAAUAUAUGAAACAAUAUCUGUAUAUAAUUGUUAUUAGCGUAUGGAGAUUGAGAUUGCACUCAUUGCGAAAGGGCGGGCGGGGGGGGGGGGGAAGGUACAAUCAAAUGAACAACGCGUACUUUGUAUAAAUAAAAAAGUUACAUAAACGAUAUAUUCUUAUGUACAUAAAUCCGCCAUUAAAUACAAUUAUUGUAAUGGAACAGAA